AUGAUUUCUGAUAUCACUGCUGCCGUGGUAGGCUUCGCCGGGUUCUACAUUUUUCUAUGGGCCUUGCUAUGGCUCACGCAAGAUGCGAGAGAGCCACCUAUGGUAGAGACCGCGAUUCCAUUCUUGAGCCCCAUUAUCGUAAUGCUCAUGAAAUGGACUACGGUUCACGAGUAUUUACGAGACAAAUAUGGAUACCCAAUUCACACACUGAGGCUUCCGGGCACUCGCGCCUACGUCGUAAAUGAUACAUCUCUUAUUCCCGCGAUUCACAAACAAUUGAGAACACUCACCGCCGCACCAUUCGUUGUAAAAGCAUUCUCAAAUUUGAUGGGCGUUAGCAAAGAAGCCUUUGAAAUCAUGGGACGCGAUCCCAUCGAGGACCACGGGUUCGUGCAUCGCUUAACAACCGAGAGCAAGAAUUCGCUUGCUCCAGGACCAAACCUGGAUCAACUGAAUACCGAGGUGGUGGAUAUCCUUAACAAUUCCUUUAGCGCGAUCUGUGCCGCGCAAGAACCCAAGACGGCGAAUCUUUUCGAGUGGGCUUCACAUGAGGCUAUGAUGGCCACUACCGGUGCUAUCUAUGGUCCUCUGAACCCGUUCAAUGAUGCCAAAGUCCGUACAGUCUACUAUGACCUCCAAGCUGGCCUGCUCAGACUGCUCAUGGGUUUUAUGAAACCGAUUUUUGCCAAGAAGCCUCUCGAAGCACUGGAGACAAUAACUGAAGCCUUUGAAAAGUACUAUGCCAGAGGGGGUCUCGAGACAGGAUCAUCCGCUUUUGCUCGGGGCAGAUAUUCGUGCCCACGAGAGCAUGGUGUGUCUGAAAAGGAUGUGGCAAAAAUGGAAGCUGGCGGUAUCUUCGCCUUGAUUGCUAAUACCAUGCCGGCGGCAUUCUGGACACUGUACCACAUCGUUUCGGAUCCUGUCGUUCUUGCAGACUGCCGGCGGGAGCUCCACGGAGCAGUCAGCGAGAAAGAUGGUCAGGCCCAUUUGGAUUUGACAUAUGUCAAGAACUCAUGCCCCAUCAUGGUCUCGACGAUGCAAGAAGCGAUGCGGUUCCAUAGCAUUGACCUCGCGAUGCGGGCUGUGGUGGAGGAUCAUAUGCUGGACGGGAAAUACCUCUUAAAGAAGGGCGCAACGGUCAUGAUCCCAGGUAAGAUCCAGCACACGUCUUCUUUGGCGUGGGGCCCGAAUGUGAACGAGUUCUACCACAAGCGAUUCCUCAAAAUGCCCGGAACAAGGACGCACAACCCAGUAGCAUUCCGAGUCUUUGGUGGAGGUGCUACUCUCUGCCCCGGACGCCACUUCGUGGCUACCGAGAUCUUGGCAUUUGCCAGCAUGAUGCUUCUGCGCUUUGACAUCAAGGCCGUCAAUGGGCAGUGGUCUACUGGUGGAUAUACGCAAACUAAUGGCGGUAUUCGCCUUCCACGUCAAGAUGUUCAGGUGGAACUCCUCCCACGAGACAAUAAACAGUGGCACGUAGCCUUCGCGGGGUCUGGAAAAGCCACAGAUAUCGCUGAAGGUGUCAAAGACAGCGAAGAGAGUAUGACAGAAAAGUGA